UCAUGCGCAGCAUGUUUGUGUACGGCUACGAUUUCCGAAGUGUGUCCAUGUCCAAGUUUGAUCUCAUUAACUUCUGAGCGUCAUGGAUUGAUAUUCUUCUGCAAUACGAAAUAUAGCUUGUGUCUUGACUUCACUCUGAUUGAAAAGAACGAAGAUGAAAAUGUCAGAUGACCGCGACGCGUACGUUCUCAACAUUACCACAUGUGCAGAAAUUAACCUGUCUUUUACGCACAGAUUUUUACCAGCUGUGUUCGUGCUGGUGUUUGUCUUCGGAACAUUUGCAAACUUCUGUGGGUUAAAAACUGUUUUUACACGCUGGAAGAAAAUUGGAAGUAUUAACAUAUUUAUUCUCAACCUUGGAAUAGCGGACUUGCUAUACCUAUUUACAUUACCAUUUUUGGUUGUCUAUUACGCGCUAAACAGUAAAUGGAUAUUUGGACAAACAUUCUGCAAGAUCACCAGAUUCUGUUUCAAUUUGAAUCUCUACGGCAGUAUCGGGUUCCUGACAUGCAUCAGUAUUUAUCGAUACCUUGGUAUUGUGCACCCAAUGAACGUGAUGGGAAGAAUCAACACUCGCCACUCGGUGGCAAUAAGUUUUCUUGUCUGGAUUUUGGUUUUUAUUCAGAUACUUCCGGAUAUGUUCUUUGACAAGACAGCGCCAAAUUCCUCAGAUGCGUGCUAUGACUCAACAGCGGACCACCUUAUCAAGGAUUACCUACCGUAUAGCAUUGGCUGGACUGUUACCGGAUUCGUUAUACCAUUGCUCGUCAUUCUUGCUUGCUAUGGACAUAUAGUAGUGGUCCUUGCCACCAAAGCCAACGUCAAUACUUUAUUGAAACAGAGGUGUCUAAAACUAGUCAUCAUCUUGACUGUGUUAUUCUCAAUUUGCUUUAUCCCUUACCAUGUUUUGAGAAAUCUCAAUUUGAAGAUAAGGAUUUUGAAAAUGGAAGGCACCUGCAACUCAAGCUUCGAUGACAUCUAUGUUGCUCAUCAAAUCAGCCGCGGCCUGGCUUGCCUGAAUAGCGCAAUCAAUCCGUUGAUUUACUUGAUUGGAAAUGAUGAUUUUCUCAUGCGCUUUCAUAAUGUCAGCAAACGAGCCAGGAUGUCUCUUGUUCAUUGGACUGGUGCUAUAAUUUACCGCAAGGCAGAUCCACCAACAGAAGAAUUUCAACCAGAAAACUUUGACCAGCUAGUUAUUUAAACCAAUAUUGUACCAAAGGCCUGUAUGUAAAUAAGCUGUACUCUAUGCUUUAUUCAUCAUUCUCAGAGUAUUUUAUUGUGUUAUGUGAGAGCCUGUGAGUGGCCGAAUGCACUUGUGUAUAGUGAUAUGCUGUGCCAUUUAGUCAGUGAUAUGUAGAGCUAUAUCACUGAAGAAAAAAAAAACUCUCAAUAUGCAUUUCCGAUAUUACAUAAGAAUGACAGAUAUUCCAGCAUCCUAUUACAUACCAAUGACUGAAGUAUUCCUCUGUUUUCAAUAAACAAUACAAAUGUGUCAAGCUCAAA